GGAAAAGUCCGGAAAAGCUGGGUACCAUAUUUGACAACUUCCGGAUUUACGUCAACGCAGAAAAUCGAUUUAAUUUACAGAUUUUGGUUGAAUUAGAGAUGUGAAAAGAACCCUCAAGAUGAGUGCAGGGCCUCUUGUUAUUGAGAUUGUAUUAACGUGUUUCCUGGCUGCAAUUCUCCUACAUCGCUAUGGAGAUCUACGUAAACAACAUGUACUUGUGACAUUGUUUACAUUUAUAGCAUGGUAUUUUUCAUUCAUGAUCAUCUUUAUCCUGCCACUGGAUGUCUCUAGUACAUUCUACAAACAAUGCUUAGAGGAGAGAACCAGAAGUUUACCAGUGACAACAACGACAACAACUAUUGCACCUUCCAAUGUAACAAGCAGUAAGAAUGGUACAACCACACCAGAUCCUAGCAGCCAUAUGCUGCAGCGACGGGCGGUGCUAGAGGAGCCAUGUCAGAUGCCUGUUAGUCACGUCCCAGAUAAUGUGUUGCCAACCCUCUGGAAGAUUGUUUACUGGACAUCCCAGUUCCUUACAUGGUUGCUUCUUCCAAUGAUGCAGUCAUACUCAAGAGCCGGCGAUUUCACUGUUGCUGGUAAAAUGAAGUCGGCACUGAUAGAAAAUGCACUGUAUUAUGGAACGUACUUGCUUAUAUUUGGUGUUUGUUUGAUCUACGUGGCUGCCAGACCAGAUCUUAAUAUAGAUGCAGAGAAGUUGAAGGUUAUAGGUGUGACAGCAAGUAACACCUGGGGAUUGUUCUUGCUGGUUUUACUGCUGGGUUAUGGUCUUGUCGAGGUGCCAAGGUACGUGUGGAAUAACGCCAAACAUUCCUACAUGCUGUCUAGGACAUAUUUCAAGAUCGCCAAACAGAGUACAGAGAAAACAGAGGCUGAGGAGAACCUGGAAGAUGUUUUAGAGGAAGUAAAACAAGCCUCAGAGAAGAUACGUUACAACCAUUCCCUGAGAAAACAUGUGGAAACCAUUCUUGAAAAGUGUCCUGAGUCAGUGAGAAACAGUGUGAACCGAACUGAAGAUUAUGAGGACUAUAACAAGAGUAUUGAGACUCCGUCAGAGAAAGCUCUUGUCAAACUGCAUCGUAAUGUGAUAUAUGCGAUGCAGACGCACAAACGGCACCAGACACAAUGGAAUAUGAUGAUGCAGAAAUCGUUUGAGUUAGAGGAUCGUAUACUUAAUGAUAUGAGUAUUGACAAAAGAUACAAACAUAGCUUUCCCGUGCAAAGGAACAAGUUUAUUCAGCACUUUUAUACCUCCAAUAUAGAAUGGUAUUGGAAGUGUCUAUGUGAGCCAUGGGUUUGCCGUGUUCUAGCGGUUAUCCUGACUAUUGUAUCAUUUAUGGUUGUUUGGUCAGAAUGUUUGUUCUUCAUUAAAAGUCCAGUUCUCUCAAUCUUUGCUGUAUUUAUCAACCUGGCCAAAGAAAACUAUGAUUAUGUUUAUAUUGAGUUGGCCAGUAUACUAACAAUAGCGUACCUGUGUACAUGUGCUUACUAUAGUGUGUUCCAGAUAAAAAUACUCAACUAUUAUUACAUCGCACCACACCAUCAAACGAACGAGUACAGUCUUAUCUUUACUGGCAUGUUGCUUUGUCGUCUUACACCUCCGAUGUGUCUUAAUUUCCUGGGACUGAUUCACCUUGACAGUCAUGUGACACACUCGGAAAAUAUUCGCGAGACUGCAUAUACCUUGAUUAUGGGCCAUAUGGAUGUGAUACCAAUAAUUUCUGAUGGUUUCAACAUAUAUUUCCCAAUAAUGAUAGUGUUACUAUGUAUAUGUACGUACUUUAGUCUGGGUAGUCGGAUACUCCACUUUCUGGGCAUUAAUCAAUUUAUUGGAGAUGAUGAUCUCACCUCGGAACUUGUUGAUGAAGGAAAGGAAUUAGUCAAAAGAGAGAGACGUCGAAUGGACCGUGCAGCUGAUACGGAAGCAAGACGUAGAGAAUGGAAUACAAGAUUUGGGGAUGGGAGUACAUUAACUAGAACUGUAGGAGCAAGGAUGGACUCGCCAGAGGAUGUGAAGAUCAGAUCUGGAUCAGCUAGUCAAGGUAGCUACACAAUGCCAAGGGUUCCAAACACGUAUGACAAGAGUGAGUUACUAAAUGAGGCGGAGCCUAUAGACUACAGUGAUGCUCCUGGUGAGAGUUACUCCUCCAUCAAUUCAGCCGCCGGGUACCAGGCUCAAGCCCAGCAUCCUAGGAUCAAACCACCAAGGCCGGGAUCUCGAGCUCCACCAAAAGGGAUCUUUGAUGAUGUUUGAUUAGUUUUUAAUGUUAGUUGGAACAUAUUGAUAUAAAAAACCUGACAUUAUUACCCAAAUAAUCUGGAUGCAGUUUUUGAAUGUGUAGUUAAAUGUUCUAUUUAUUGAGCAGGACUGGGUAGCAUCAGAGGGAGAACAUAAAGAUUGCCAGUCAACGAUCAGCUGUAAUAAUGCUCAGUUUAAAAACUCUAGUAGCCCGCCCGCUUAGCUCAGUAGGUAAGAGCGUUGGUCUACGGAUCGCGGGGUCGCGAGUUCGAUCCUUGGGCGGGGCGUAUGUUCUCUGUGACUAUUUGAUAAACGACAUUGUGUCUGAAAUCAUUAGUCCUCCACCUCUGACUCAUGUGGGGAAGUUGGCAGUUACUUGCGGAGAACAGGUUUGUACUGGUACAGAAUCCAGGAACACCGGUUAGGUUAACUGCCCGCCGUUACAUGACUGAAAUACUGUUGAAAAAUGGCGUUAAACCCAAAACAAACAAACAAAUAAAAACUCUAGCAUCUGAUUGGCACUGAAAACUGAAUACUUUACAAACAAAGGACACAAGCAUUUGAUAAACACAGGCAUUAAUGGUAGAAGUUAGGGAUAAAAGAUGAAAAUGUUGUGGGAAACAUUGAAGUUUUUCCAUUGCCAUGGUUUUAGAUUUGAAAACCACAUUGAUUGAAGACGGUCAUAUUCAAACCUAUUACAAGGUGAAUUUGUUUGAUAUUCUGUUAUAUGGGGAAAGUUUGUGUUUUUAGUCCCCUGGCAGUGUUUCACCUGAGGGGACAUAUAGUUUGCCCAUUGUCUGUCCAUCUGUCAGUCAUAACUUUUAGAGAGCAAGACAUUUUUAGAACAUACUUAGAAAGCAAUGUUUGAAAUGUACAGAUGGUUUUAUUUUGUUCAUUUAUUGAUUUGAUGUCCGUCUGUUCAUCUGCAGGCACAAGAGAUAAAUCCUUUGUUAAUGUUGAUACUACACAGAAUUGUUUUUAUGAAAUCUGACUUGUAGUUGGUAGGCUAUUUAAAGAAAUGUAGGUUCUUCAUUUAAAUUUCAGUCUAACAAGAUGUGGUUCCUGUUGCAGUAAAUGUAACAUAUGUGCUUUCUAUUAGGGGCUUUUAUUGCUUGGAAAUAAUCUUGUUGAAUGCGGUGUAGUAGACAUUUUACAGAUGAUAAAGAUUUCAAUUUUGAUUUUGUUGAUGUUUAUUAGUAUUAUUGUAGUAGAUACUAUUUUAUAGUUGAAAUUUGCUUAGCUUAAUGUCUGCAUUCUCCAAAGAUGAAGCUUAAUUGGGCCAAAACUUAAUCUGAGGCUUUAUAUUGUAAUGAAGUCACACAUGGUUUAUCUGUUAAUGAUCUGCCUUUCUUUAUGUAUUGUUGUGCUUUCAAAAGAAUACAGCAUGUGCACUAAGAUUUGGUGUACAAGUGAAAAUAUCUUAAGCCUUAAUGUUUAUGUGGUUUUAAAUGAAAAAAUGAAAUAGCAUCAUAGUAAUUGCACACUUGCAUUAUGCUUCAUAUGUAUAUGCUUACAUAAACCUUGCAUUUAGUAGUGAAAAGAGAAUUGGGGCUAGAUCCUUUUUUUUUAGAAAUUUAGGCAGUCUUCUUAUUCAAGCUUUAUGAAAGUUCUCCCUUCUGUUGAGUUAUACUCUGUGUAAAGAAUCGCAAACAUUCCAUGUCAUUGAGGUGCCGGAAACAUACAGUCAAAAGGUAGAACCUCAAAUUUUCAAAGAUAAAUACACACCAAAUGAAGUCUAGAAACCAGUUUUUAAGGCCUUCAGGUAAUAAAAAUUAUUCCAUAGAUACGCUUUAUAUAAAAUUCAUGUUUACAGUUGAAUCUGCAUCAGUCACCUGUAUUAAGCAGCAACUUGCCUUAAGCAGUCAGCAAACUUCUCAAUUUUGAUUUUUGUUUUUUUUAAAUUUCAAUUUGUCUUAAGCAACUGCCUGCAUUAAGCACCUUGAUUGUGUUGCUUCCUUGGCUGGAUGCUUAAUGCAAGUUUGACUGUAUACAAGUAAUUGAAAUUUCUAGUAUUUUGUUUGGUGUUCACAAAGAAUGACCACUUUUGCCUCGUGAGUACAUAUUUAUCGGGUACUUAAAGCAUUUAUAUCUAUUUGUAUUCUUCCAUGUGGUGGAAAAUGAACAGGGGUUUAGACAUGAUAACAAUUUUUCAUUUCCGUAACAAAGACUGUUGGGGUAUAUUUGUCUGUGUAUGAUUUGCCAUUGCUUUAGAUGUUUCUGUCAGCUUAUUAAGUGGAUUUUUUUUUAAACAAUUUGAUAAUAAAAGUGAAGUAACACUUGGUAUUUUAUAUGGAGGACAAUGUAUUGAUCUGUAGUACCUGUGUCUAUACAGUCAAGCAUGUGCUAAACACCUAUAAACAUCAGAGACCACCUGGCUCUUACAACCAUUAAUUUCAUUUUGGAUUUAAAAGUAAAAUACAGUUAGGAUCCCUCAAGGGUAAGAUACAAGUUUGAGUGUACACAGUGUAGUUGUACAGGAGUCGGGAUAUAUGAUAAUUGACUUGUGAUGUUUGGACUAUACAUGUGUGUAGAAUAAGUUUUUACUGUAAUACACAUGUACAGUCUAACCUGUGUUAAGCAGCCAGCCAGGGGAAGCAGACAAUUUGGCCGCUGAAGCCAGGUGACCGCUGAUCGGAGAUGCAGCCAGUAUAUGUAUUUUUUUAGACUUCCGACCAGUUUAGCCUUCAGUUUCUAUCAUUAUUUUACCAAGAUACCUUGACGUGCAUUUGCCUUUGCAAUUGCUUCUAAGCAAUAUAAAAUUCCGGCGUGAUUUUUUAACAACAAGAAUUGUUACAGACAAUUUUCCAACUUCAAAACAAGUUUGUUUACAAUUUUAGCCAUUUGGGUAAGGGAAGCUACUCUCCGCGCUUACUGUCUACGCUAAAAUCUAAGAUCGCCGUUAUGUUCCGUAAAAGAUCGAGUGGUUUAUAUUUCUUUCAAACACAAUAAAUUUCGUAUAAAUUUAAUAGCGUUUUGAUGAAAGAAAUAUAAAGAAUACCAAAUAGUAUGCUACUAAUUAGAUAUCGAGUAUUAUCUUUAACCAAGAUCAAACUGUGAACAACAAAAUUGACACGAGGUGACAAGCUAAUUGCCGAAAAUUACUGGCAAUUUGAUCGGAACAAAAAGUGGAUCACACCUUUGAUUAUCAGUUUUAAUUGAUAAGCUCAUGUCAUUUUGGCUUCUUUGUGGUGAAGUCACGCGAGACUAAGCAAUGACGUGUUUCUCAAAAAUAGGGUAUCGUCGGCGAUCAUCGCCUAAAAAUAAUUUGUUUUGGAAGAAACAUGGCCGCUAAAAGGGGUCAAAUACGGCGGUCGGGAGGCAAUUUUGGUGGCCGCUGGCUGCGGACGGGAGGUGGCCACUGAAUAAAGUGAUAAAAUAGAGGAAAAUCCAUCGGGGGCGUCAUAAAAUGACCGCUGAUCGGAGGUGACCGUUAGUACAGGUUAGACUGUAUAUAGCUUGAACAUUGCACACAGUUUCAUGGAGUAUUAAUGACUUGCCAAAUGACAAAAAAUGACACAUAAUAGAAACAGGACAAUAUGAUAGAAUUAUCAUUGUAUCAGCCAUGACAAGAUUUAUUUUGAGUUUCCAUGAUGUAAGAAGCUUUAGAAUUGGAAAGAAAGUUAAUGACAUGAAAUAAUACACUUGUUUUAAUGUUGACAUGAUGAAUAAAUGCUUUUUAUGCAGCAUUAUACUAUCUUCUAUACUUCUGACAUUUUAAUGGAUAUUCUUGAACAUAAAAUAUGUUGUGCAUGUGAUGAGUUCGCCAUGUCAGCAAGCACAGUUAGUAAGUCUUAGGAUUUGGACUGGAAGGGCGGAAUGUUUGAUUCCUGAUGAAGCAGGGGGUGGGGGAUGGGGUGGGGAAGUUAUUUCUCUGUUAUGAUUUGACAAAGAUUAUAUAUCUGAAGUUGUUUAUUCUCCCUGUCCUGAUUCAUGCUAGAAACUUGUCAGCCACUUGGGGGGAAACUUGUCAGCUACUUGUGGGGAAACUUGUCAGCUUGUUGAUAAUCUUAUAUAUUAAUCCAGGAACAAUAGUCUGAUGAACUGAUCGUAAUUUCGUACUGAAAUACUGUAGAAAAACUGUAAAUAUUAAAACAAAAAAACAUGUGUGAUGAAGUCCUUUGAUAACAGUGUGUUUUUUUUGGCCAUCUCAUGCAAUAAAAAUAACAUUCUCAGAUGAAUAUGACACUUUAGCACAGAUGUCUCUAGGUUUUCUUUUAAAUUUGAAAGGUAGCAAACUUUUAAGGUUAUUAUAGAGUUUGAACCAUGUAUUUAUGUUUAUUUAAACAAGGGAGAUAACCAUAGUAUAGACAGUGCAAUAGAUUAGUGUAUAGUAGUCGCAACUUGACCGCGAUGGUUGACCGUAGGCUGAUUAUUCAUAUCGAUUAUUUCAUUGUAGAAAUCAAGGGUGCUUAGUGUAGCCGUGUAUAUUUAUAUGGAAUUAGUUUGUAUACAGUUCAGUAUCAAAGUAUAUAUACUUACAUUUGAUCAGUUAAAUAUUUCCAAUACACUAAUUUAUAUUUACACAAAAUUAUAUUUCCUUUUUUUCGUGCAGCUCGUAUUUUACGUACACUACUUUUCAAUAAUAGGUUGUGCCUCAUUAUGUAUUGUAAUGCAAGGGUCAACCAUCGGGGUCAAGUUGCAUCUACUAUAUAUGUAGAGAAUAUACAUUUAGUGUUGAUAUUUCUACUUCCUGGUUGUUCUUUACUAUUGUUGGUAUUGUUUGAUAAUGUUAUAUACAUGUUAUAUACAUGCAGAUACAUGUAACAGUUUGUUAAUAUGUUAUGUAAUUUAUGUCUUUUGAAUCACAGUAGAUGUAUAGAUAUAUGUGUUAAUGUAUAUGUACAAAUGGGUAUAUGCUUAUUGUGUUAUAUAUUGUGUAAACUACAUGAGGUAAAUGUAUGUGCUUGAAAGUAUGUGAAGUAGUUUUUCUAAGCUUGAACGCACUGUAAUUGUAUAAAUCAUUAUUCACAGAAAACAGUUGUUUUGUCACAUCCAAUAUAUGAAAUAAUGUUUAUCUUUACAAAAAUGUAAGAAAGUGUAAUUGACAUUGUUAUAUAUGAACCAUUUCAGUUUCUUAUCCCUGUUUUGCUAUUUUUGUAUAUCUUCCCUAUACUUCUUAUUGAAGAAAUAGCCGAUUUAAGUUUGAAAAAUUACACAUUGUUAAUGUUUUGUUGUGUCGUUUACUUUCGUUAUUACUUUUUUGUUUAUUUUCUAUUAAGUAUAAAUUAUUUGGCCAGUAAACAUCAGUUUAAGUUUUAUGAGAAAAUGUUGUUAAGGGACAAUGUCAUGUCCUUUUUACUACAACUUUUUUCUAGUUAAGACUAACUGCACUAGAACAUUAAAUAAACCUAAUAAGUCAGCAACAAAACAGGCAGUUUUUGUCGUUUUUAAAAAUGGGUAGGUCAGGUUGCUACUUAACACUGGUAUGUCCACUGAGUGAUAUAACUGAAAUACAGCAAUGUGCUGUUGAGAACUGGUGAUAAAGAUAAACAAAUAAUUCAUAUGUUUUUUUUGGUUUGUUGUUAGUAAUAGUUCAGCUUAUUUAUUUUUAGCUCACCUGAGCAUGUAGUGGUCCUCGAUGAGCUUUUGUGAAUUUAAAAUAGUUACACACAAAUGACCCUUGGGUGACACAGAAUGUUCUUUGGUUGACCCUCUACCAAAGUUGUGAAAAGCCAUGCUGCUUUGUCAAAACAUAAAACAUAACUGUCAGGAGUUGGGCUAGUUCUGUACAUAUGGCUCUGCGAAAAAAUUGAAAAUCUCCUCAGAAUCAGCAGGUCUUGGGCAGAAAUGUUUCUUGUUAAACUGGUUUGGGGUGUGAAACUGUGGUGAGUGCUAUAGGUCCAUCAUGGCUUUCUUGUAUUAAUUUACAAAAUGGUAUCCACAGACAGCAUGAAAUCCAAUUUACUUUAAAGUGCUAGGUAGUUUACUGUCUCCUGGUAUGACAUUUCGUGUUAAAAUAGUCCCCGUAAUAUAUGACCUUUUGUGCUAAAACAGUUUCCAUAAAUAGCUACUGUUAGUCGUUUCAUGUUUCCUUGCAACAUCCUGCAUUAUUGUGAAAAUAUGAAGUACAUGCAUAUAGAAUUUAAGAAACAAAAUUUAACUUUUCAUUUGAUUUGAAGAACAUCAGUAUUCGCUUUACAUGUUUACACUCUGUUUCACUUUCUUCAUUCAGUAUCCUUGAUUGAUUGGUUUAUGAUAAUACAGUAAAUGGGAAAUAAGAAGUGGCAGGUUUUUAGGUACUUUACAAGAAAAAAGUGACACCAUUCUUUAUUGUACUAACAUUGUUUAUGUCCAUUGAUAUCAUAUUGUACCCCGGCAUUAUUCUGAUAUGAAAACUGACAUUUUACUUUUUUAUAGUAACAUUCUGCAAUGUGCAUACAUUGACAUUCUGCUAAGUAAGUCUUUGUACACUGCACAGUGACAUUCUGCUAUGUACGUCUUCUUUGUACAUUACAUAUUGACAUUCUGCUAUGCAUGUCUUCUUUGUUCUGCACAUUGACAUUCUGCUUUGUACGUCUUCUUUGUACACUGCGCAUUGACAUUCUGCUAUGUACGUCUUCUUUGUACACUGCACAUUGACAUUCUGCUAUGUAUAUCUUUGUACACUGCACAAUGACAUUCUGCUAUGUACGUCUUCUUUGUACACUACACAUUGACAUUCUGCUAUAAACGUCUUCUUUGUACACUGCGCAUUGACAUUCUGCUAUGUACGUCUUUUUUGUACACUGCACAUUGACAUUCUGCUAUGUAUGUCUUUUACCCUGUGCAUUGUACGUCUUCUUUGUACACAGCACAUUGACAUUCUGCUAUGUACAUCUUCUUUAUACACUGCACAUUGGCAUUCUGCUAUGUACGUCUUCUUUGUACACUGCACAUUGACAUUCUGCUAUGUACGUCUUCUUUGUACACAGCACAUUGACAUUCUGCUAUGUACAUCUUCUUUGUACACUACACAUUGACAUUCUGCUAUGAACUUCUUCUUUGUUCACUGCGCAUUGACAUUCUGCUAUGUACGUCUUCUUUGUGCUAUGUACGUUUUCUUUGUGCACUACGCAUUGACAUUCUGCUAUGUACGUCUUUUUUGUACACUGCACAUUGACAUUCUGCUAUGUAUGUCUUUUACACUGUGCAUUGUACGUCUUCUUUGUACACAGCACAUUGACAUUCUGCUAUGUACAUCUUCUUUAUACACUGCACAUUGACAUUCUGCUAUGUAAGUCUUCUUUGUACACUGCACAUUGACAUUCUGCUAUGUAUGUCUUCUUUGUACACAGCACAUUGACAUUCUGCUAUGUACAUCUUCUUUGUACACUACACAUUGACAUUCUGCUAAGUACGUCUUCUUUUUACACUGCACAUUUGACAUUCUACUAUGUAUGUCUUUGUACACUGCACAUUGACAUUCUGCUAAGUACGUCUUCUUUGUACACUGCACGUUGACAUUCUGCAAUAAACAUUGACAUUUUAAUAUGUACUUUUUACAUUGAUUUUCUUCUAUGUACACCAAUAUUCUGCUAUUGUCAUUGACAUUGACAUUGCCUUUUUCAUUGUAUAUGACAUUCUGCUAUGCAGACUUUACUUUGACAUUAUGUUGUUUAGAUUGAAGUCUAGUAUGAACUCUUGACAUUCUUUUAUGUACAGUGUACUUAGGCAUUUUACUGAAAGUCUGUUAGGUACAUUGACAUUCUGCUAUGUACACUGACAUUCUGAAAUGUACAUUGACAACAUCCACUUUGUACACUAACAUUCUGCCUGGUACAUUUGUGACAUUUUAUUAUGUACACACUGUAUGUAUAUUUCAUGUGGUAAAGCACAAAUAAACAUUGUUAUAUUUAUUUGUCAUUUAAGAAAUUAAACGGAGAAAUACUUGUCU